AUGUCUACCGCUAGCGCAACUCUCGGCGACAAGCCUGCCGACCCGUACACCAAGGUCAACAAAGAUGAAGCCGACUUACAAACCAAGGUGACGGAUCUCGUUGAUUUCAUCACCACCUGCAAAUUCGGCAUGAUGACCACGAUUGAGGCGUCGUCGCAGAACAACCUAGUUUCUCGCUGCAUGGGCCUCGCUGCGACGGAAUCCGGGGGCAUCGACCUCCUCUUCCACACGAAUACCGAAUCCGGAAAAACUCACGAUUUGUCCAAUGACCCCCACGUCAAUGUAUCCUUCAUCAAUAGCUCUGGCGAGUGGGCGUCCAUCUCAGGCAAGGCAAGCCUGGUGACGGAUCGCGAGCUGGUCAAGUCGACUUACAGCAGCGGACUGAAGGCGUGGCUGGGCGACCUUGGUGAUGGAGUUCAUGAUGGGUCGGAGAAUGAUCCUCGCAUUGGCAUUAUCCGUGUCAAGACGACCACCGUGACAUACUCGCUGCAGACGGGCAACUUCAUCAGCCGUGCUGCUGAAGUCGCCCAAGGAGUGAUCACUGGAAAGCCCGCCCAUGUGAAUAAGUUGCGGGAGAUUUCGGUCGAGGAAGUCAGCAACUGGCGUGCUUCAAAUGUCUGA